AUGUCCUGGCCCUGGUGGCUGCAGUCGAUGGUGACGCCGUGCCUAACCUGCGAGCCUUGCCGUCCAGACCAGGACAGCUCCUUUGGUGACCGGCGGCGCAACUCCAGACAGCGAAGCAGGCGACCCACGCUGCCGCGUCCACUGCAGCUCCACAGCGGAAGGCAUCGAGUGGAAGUGGUCUCCUCACCCUUGGCAGGGCUUCAAGGCCUCGUGGGCUAUCACUCCUCUGUGCUGGUGGAUGGGGAGGAAUACUAUUUCACGCCAAGCGGGAUUCGUUGUUACCCAAGACUUACCAGCCACCGGAAAGCGCGAGGUGUCCAAAGGAAGCAGGUGGGCGAGAGCCCAUUGGGUGGCACCGCUUUGCUCGACGUGCUGAGCAAAGACUUCCAGCCUCAAACUUAUGACCUGCUCCGCAAAAAUUGCAACAACUUCACGGACUGUGGGCUCUUGCUGCUCACGGGCCACCGCCUAGACGCCCACCUCCGCUUGGUGGAGGGGCUGGGUGCCGCUGCCGAAACACUGCAUCUGGUUCAAAUUUUAAGUGGUGGGCGAUACGAACCGAACGACAAGGCUGAGGAUUACGACCAUGAUGAAACCAUCGCGCGAGUCUCAGCCACAAUUUUGCAAGAUGUUGCAGUACGGCCCCAAGCUCUGGCAGCAGGCUUGAAGCACGUAGGCCAUAGGUGGCGAUGUUGGCUUCUCUUUGCCCUGGGUAUUCGAAGCAGCAUGUUCUGCAACAUCUUGCAGCCUAGUUCGAGCAGACUUCCGAGGAGGCAGGGCAGCUGGAUUGAGGUGUCUGAAUCGGCAGCUUUGGAGGCAGCUGAUAACGCCACCGUUCUACCCGUGUUUCCGCUUUCUAGCAUCUACUGGCCGGGCACGGAAGCGCGAUUGAACAUCAUCGACCCUGCAUACAUCAAGAUGUACGAUGAUAUCUUGCUCUCUGGUUCGCGCCGAUUCGUUGUGCCAUAUACUCGAUCCUUGCCCGGCGGACGUGUGAGAUAUGCAGAGAUGGCACCGAAGGACCGGCGUCUGUUCCACAUCGGCUCGCUGCUGUAUCUCACAGAUCUGCAAGAGGUGAGCAGCCAAACUGGCGACAGAGUCAAGUACGUCGUGAGCCACGAGGUCCAAGGACGCGUGAGGCUGCUUCGCUUGCUGAAUCCCUCUGCCUUGUUUGAAACCGACAGUGAGGGCAACAAGGUCAACUAUCUCCAGGCGGAAGUGGAGAUGCUUCCUGAGCAGCCGGAGGAGGAAAUGCCAGAAAGUCCAAGGCCGAAGAUAUGGAGGGACAAUCUUUUGGCAUCAUGGCGACAGCUGCACAACUUGUCCCAGCAAUUCGAAGAGCCCCGCGUGGGCGAGGACUUCUUUGUAAAGAUUGGGCCAAAUGUGUCCACCUGGGUCUUGUCUGCUGCUUGGCAGGAGCUGCAGGUAGCCACACAAGUGGACCGCGGCCAAAAGCGGGCCUUGCAGGAUGUUGAGCAGUUUCUGAAGGCCAUGAAGGAGAAGGACUCGAAAAUCUCCGGCCAGGAAGCCCUCCAACGAGUCCCACGCGGCCUGCUGCGAGCUCUGUCCGGCAACGUAGAGCUUUCCUCGGACUUUUGGGAGCCCCUCCUGCAAAUACUGGCGACUGACGGCCCGGAGGAGAGAGGGCAACUCUUGUUGGAGCUCAUACAGAACGAGCUCAAGCUUUCCAGCACGCGCUUGUCCUUGAAACAGGCUUUGUCUGACUAG